AUGCGCGGGUUUCUUACGCUACUCAGCGUUAUGCUGACCUACACCACUGCGGUGUAUGCUACCGCCCUCACCUACAAAAUGGAUGCGCACGAAGUAGCCUGCUUCUUCGCAACCACUGUGAACAAGGGGACUAAGCUGGCCUUUUACUUCGCUGUACAAUCCGGUGGUUCGUUCGAUAUCGACUACAAAGUCACUGGUCCUGGGGACAAAAUCAUCAUCGAUGGUACAAAGGAGCGUCAGGGUGACUUUGUCUUCACCGCGAAUGAUGUUGGAGAGUACAAAUUCUGUUUCAGCAACGAGAUGAGCACAUUUGCGGAAAAGGUGGUGGAUUUUGAGAUUGCCGUCGAGAACGAAGCCGCCCGCGCCAAGAUUCCUUCCAAGCAGGGCUCCUCUCCUGAGCAGACCUCCGUAAUCGAAGAGUCUAUUCUCAAGCUUUCAGCCCAACUCUCAACCAUUUCGCGCAACCAAAAGUACUUCCGCACGCGCGAGAACCGCAACUUUAGCACCGUCAAGAGCACCGAGAAGAGGAUAUUCAACUUCAGUCUGAUGGAGUCGGGUCUGAUUGUGACCAUGGCAGCUCUCCAGGUCUUCAUUGUCCGAUUCUUCUUCCAGGGUGCUAGGAAAGGUAUUAUAUGA